AAGCGGCCAGCUUGAUGUCCGGGAGCUGAUCUCUCUCUACCCCUUCCUGUUGCCUACUUCCUCUUCAUUUAUACGGUCCCAUCCCCCUCUGCAUGAGUACGCGGACCUAAACCAACUGACCCAAGGGGACCAGGAGAAGAUGACAAAAUGCAAACGAUUCCUCAUGAGUUACUUGAAUGAAGUCCGCAGCACUGAGGUUGCAAACGGCUACAAGGAAGAUAUCGACACAGCUUUACUCAAGCUGUAUGCGGAGGCAAAUCAUGAAAGCCUGCUGGAUCUGCUAGUUUCAGAGAACUUUUGUCUUUUAACGGAUAGUGCUGCCUGGCUGGAAAAACACAAAAAGUAUUUUGCCCUUGGUCUCCUGUAUCACUACAAUGGUCAGGAUGCUGCAGCACUUCAGUUAUGGGUGAAAAUAGUUGAUGGAGACAUUCAAGAUUCUACACGUUCAGAUCUCUAUGAAUAUAUAGUAGACUUUCUUACGUUCUGCUCGGACCAAGAUCUAGUGUGGAAAUACUCUGAAUGGAUUUUACAAAAAAAUGAAGAGGUUGGCGUACAGAUUUUCACUAAAAGGCCUUUGGAAGAACAGGAGAAAAACAACAUUAAUCCAGAUGAUGUCAUCAGUUGCCUUAACAAAUAUCCUAAAGCACGUGUUAAAUAUCUAGAACAUCUAGUAUUGGAAAGAAAAAUAGAGAAAGAAAAGUACCAUACUCACCUAGCGGUCUUGUACUUGGAGGCAAUACUUCAGCUAAAAUCUGUGACCACAGAUAAUUGUACAGAAACAACUGAACUGCUGUUUAAACUACGCAGUCUUCUUCAGAAGUCUGAUCUCUAUAGAAUUCACUUUAUUUUGGACAAAAUCCAGGGCACAGACCUUCAUAUGGAAAGUGCAAUUUUAUAUGGAAAGCUAGAAGAACAUGAGAAGGCUUUGCAUAUCCUUGUCCAUGAGUUAAAGGACUUCCAUGCUGCUGAAGAAUACUGUAUAUGGAACUCUGAGGACAGAGAUGUGCAGUACAGACGGAGGCUUUUCCAUAUGCUGCUGUCAGUGUAUCUAAAUCCAGGCACUUCGGAUUGUGCACUAGUCAUGGCUGCUGUGGAUCUCUUGAAUAACCACGCUGCUGAAUUUGAUGCGGCUCUAGUUUUGCAGCUGGUGCCUGACAGCUGGUCAGUGCAGCUCCUCUCGCCGUUCCUGGCUGGAGCAGUGAGGCAAAGCAUUCAUACAAAAAGAAUGACUCAGGCUGCACUUGGGUUAGCACAAGCUGAAAACUUAAUCUACAAACACGAAAAGGUUAAACAAAAAGGAACCCCAAUUCUUCUUUCGGACAAAAAGGUCUGUCAGGCGUGCCAAAAUCCUUUCUGCGAGCCUGUAUUUGUAAGAUACCCAAAUGGGGGUAUAGUCCACACACACUGUGCUGCAAACAGACAUCAGAAUUCAAAUGUGACUCAUCACUCUUCCAGCUCCAGCAAUCAGACUUGA